AUAUCCAUAUUUCAAGGGAAAAGAAGCUGGUCCAAAGAAGUAAAAAGGAAAUAAUUGGUCCACCAUAGAAGCUUCCAACGUCUAUUUGCGGGGAAAGGUCAUUUGUUUUGCUUGAUUUUCUUCCCCUUAUGGUAUCAUCUCAUUUGCUGUCUUGAACUUCUGUAGUUGGUGAGUUUUUGUUAUUAUGCCUUUUGAUCUGUGUUUUUGACCACUCCACGGGUUUUGCCUGAUUUCCCUCAAUUUCACCUCUUUCCAUCGUAUAAAGGUCAUGAGGAUAAGCAUCUCCAAUUUGAACCUAAAGCUCUAGGUUUGAGUGAGUUUCAAGAAAUGAAGUGUUUUUCCUACUUCAAGGACAAAUCUAGAGGAAGGGGGCAAAGAUCAGCCCCAGUAUUAAAGGAAAACGGGAAAUCAGAUGACUUUUCACCAGGGCCUGGUCGCAUGGCCAAGUCUUCUUGCUCAGAGGCUUCUCCACGGGGAAUACCAGAGUUAUAUGAAGAAAAGGCUCAUAAUUUGAGGGUCUUCUCCUUCACAGAGCUUAGACGUGCCACAAAUGAUUUCAGUGUGCUUCUUAAGAUUGGAGAAGGCGGUUUUGGGAGUGUCUAUAAAGGUUCAAUCAAGCCUGCCGAUGGAAAGGGAAAUCCUAUGAUGGUUGCCAUUAAAAAGCUUAACACGCAUGGCUUGCAGGGUCAUAAACAAUGGGUUGCUGAAGUUCAAUUUCUUGGUGUUGUGGAGCACCCAAAUCUUGUCAAACUUAUAGGCUACUGUGCUGUGGAUGGAGAAAGAGGGAUCCAACGACUUCUUGUGUAUGAGUAUAUGCAAAACAGGAGCUUAGAAGAUCAUCUUUUUCGUAAGGCAUAUCCGGCUGUUCCAUGGAAGAAAAGAUUGCAGGUAAUACUUGGUGCAGCAGAAGGAUUGGCUUAUUUGCAUGAAGGACUGGAAGUUCAGGUUAUAUUUAGAGAUUUCAAAGCCUCCAAUGUGUUACUGGAUGAGAAUUUCAAUGCAAGGCUUUCAGAUUUUGGGCUUGCAAGAGAGGGACCAGUAGCUGGGCAGACCCAUGUUUCAACAGCUGUGGUGGGGACAUAUGGGUAUGCUGCUCCAGAUUAUGUUGAGACAGGCCAUCUCACAGUUAAGAGUGAUGUAUGGAGUUUUGGCGUGGUACUAUAUGAGAUUAUCACAGGCAGGCGGUCACUAGAAAGGGGCCUCCCAAAGGCAGAGCAGAGGCUCUUGGACUGGGUGAAGCAGUUCCCUGCUGAUAGUAAAAAGUUCAGGUUGAUAAUGGAUCCCCGGCUGGAAAACCAGUUCUCCAUCAAUGCAGCCCGAGAAAUUGCAAAGUUAGCAGACACUUGUUUGUUAAAGAGUUCUAAGGAUCGACCAAAGAUGAGUCAGGUGGUAGAGAGAUUGAAACAAAUAAUCCAAGUUUCAGAUAAUGGAAACACUUCUGAGGCUGACAGUUCUUCUGAGCCCUCUCAGAUUGAGUCUGAUGAUACAGAAACCAAGCCUAAACAAUUUGGAGUCACUGAAUCAUGGAAAAGGAGGAUGACACAUCUGGCAAAACUGAGUGAGCAUGCAGAAGGGACAAGCAGGAGGAGGUUGAUGAUGCUGCAGAGAACCAAAGUGCCUUGAAUAUUUUCACUCUUUUUUUUUUCUUCUCUUUUUUGUAAGUAGUGAUUUCUUCUGCUUCUUCUUCCUUUUUUUUUUUUUGGUACAUUUGAUGGUGUGUUAUAUAAGAGGGAAUAGUUGUUCUCCUUUUUCCAAAUCCCUUCUUAGCGGAGUUAAGGUUCAAACUUGAUCCUCUUCAUGAGUGAUUUCUAUCUUUCUUUAUUGAUGGAAAUUUUUGUAUGUCUUGGCUUGUUGAAUGGUGAAAUGAGAUAGGAGCAAAUAGGAGAUCAAUUU